AUGAGCGUCGUACCACCAGAGAAUACCGACAAACUCGAGCACGAGAGGCAGCACGAUGCUGAGCUCCGCCAUGACAAGGAGAUGCUGGAGCAUCGAGAGCAUGCUCAUACGGGAGAUGAGAAGAAACAGACCAAAGAGGAGUUGACCGCUGCCAGUCCUUCUUCCUCUGAGCCCAGCAGCGAAACAACACCAGAGUAUCAAACCAAGACCGUGUGGACACUGAGGACAUUCGUCGCCACACUUGCUCUAAGUGGGCUCUACGUCGGCUCCCAGAUUCCCCUUUACUUCGUCGGCGGCUCCCUUUCGUUCAUCGCAGCGGACAUUGGUGGUGCCGAGGCAUCCGCCUGGUUAUCAGUGUCCUAUGCACUUGCCCUCUCUGCGGUUGCUCCUUUCUGCGGCUAUCUGCAAGAUCUCCUAGGCCGCCGCAUCAUCAGCUUGGCUGGCGGUGUCUCGCUGAUGAUGGGUUGUGUCAUCCUCGGCACUGCUCAUAAGUUUGGACAAGGGGUUGUCGGCAUGGCAUUUUCUGGCGCUGGCGCCGCAAUUGGUGAAUUGACUGCUCUUGCUGGGACUUCUGAGCUAGUACCUGUCAACAAACGAGGGAUUUACCUUGCGCUUGUUACAGCCUGUAUACUCCCAUUCACCCCAUAUCUGCUGUACGCCCAGCUCCUGUCAACGUACCACACUUGGAGAUGGGGCAUGUGGAUUUGCUUGAUGUGGAACGGUAUCUGGUGGAUUGUCUUAUUCGUGGUGUACUUCCCAGAGUCCCAGACCCGAGCAAAGGGAAUGGCAGCCAAAGCUAUUCUGAAGAAAAUCGACUACGUUGGCGGAGUACUGUCUAUUAUGGGUUUGACUCUUAUCCUGGUCGCUCUCCAAGCCGGAGGCUACUCUCAUCCUUGGAAAAGCGCCUUUGUCAUUGCGCAGCUGAUCAUUGGCGUUUUCCUGAUCGCCGCCUUCGUCAUUUGGGAAUGGAAGAUCUGCAAAGACCCCAUGGUGCCUCAUGAGAUGUUUUCGGGACAGAGAAUUGUUGCUAUGGCGUAUGGAAUCGCCUUCAUUGCAGGCAUGAAUUUCUACGCCAUGCUUAAUUUCUUCCCUCUGGUGUACAGCACGGUCUUUGACCCCAACCCGGUGCACGUCGGUCUUCGAGGCAUCGCUCCCGGGUUGUCCACCACCUUCGGUGCGGUGGUUGCAAAUGCCGCGUUGUCGUGGUUCAAGGGACAUAACCGAGAAAUCCUAUUAGCUGGCUGCAUUAUCAUGACGGCGUUUGGCGGCUCUCUCGCGGCCAUCACUCCGGACCGCCAGGGUCUCGCAAUCGGUCUAGGAACAAUCUGCGGCUUCGGGGUCGGCUCUGUCCUUGUCCCGGCUGCCACCGUUGCCAUCACAGUGACCCCAGACACAACGAUCGCCACCUGUGUCGCGCUCUCGCUUACGAUCCGUGCCGUGGGCGGCAGUAUCGGCUAUGCCAUCUACUAUAACGUCUUCAUCAACAAGCUCACGCCUAAACUCCCCAAGUAUAUCGCGGAGUACGCCAUCAAGGCGGGCCUCCCGCUCACCUCGGCCACUGAAUUUGUCGAGACACUCCUGACCGCGCCCGCCAAUAUCACGAGCGUCCCUGGUGUGAACGCGCAAAUCAUCCACGCCGGAGCCGUUGGGUCCCGCUGGGCGUAUGCCGAGUCGCUGAAGUACGUGUGGCUGACCAGCAUCUCUUUCGGUGGGUGCGCCAUAAUCGCGUGCCUGUUCAUCGGCAAUAUUACAAAGUAUAUGACCAACCGAGUCGCCGCGAGGAUCAGGGAAUAA